CCGAUAAGGAAAAAUAAAAUAUAUAAAAAGUUAAAAAAAAAAUAAAAAUAAAAAUAAAAAUAAUAAAAUCUGGAGAUGAUUCACGAUUUUUCAGAUUAACUAAUAGAAAUUAAUAGCAAAUAUAACACAUAGUAUUUCGAUGGCAAAGCCCAACUAUGGCUCCCAGGGAGUACUACCGUCAACCAAUUCUGUUCCAGAAAUAGCCAUUCAUGAUAGUGAUGUUGAUCAAAGUAACGAGAGUUUAUUACAGUUUACUUCAUUCAAUCAAAAUGAUAGAAAUAAAUUACAUCCUUAUUCAGCAUUUAAAAGACAAAGUUCAGUGAUACUUGCUCUGACAGGUCAGAAAGUUCGUAGGUCAUUGUCAUCUAUAUCCAAUGGUUUAUCAUUAACCGAUUCUAAUUCUCAAGAUCGUGAUCCAUUAUUGUACGAAUCACCCAAUUAUGAUUUCCAAGAUUAUUGGUACAAUUAUGUUUUUCUACCAUUAUAUCAGCUUUAUCAUAAUGAAAUUUAUAGAAGUGUAUUGAAAUGUUCAUUGGCUUAUUUGAUAGCAUCAAUGGGUGUAUAUUGGACACCAUUUGAUGAAUUUCUUGGAUCUACAGAUUCAAAGCAUGUAGUUGCAACAGUGGCAGUAUAUUUCCAUCCUACCAGAUCAAAGGGAUCAAUGACUCAAACUUUGAUAUAUGUUAUAGUUUCAUUAACAUUCAGUUUUUCGGUUUCCUUUGGUUGUCGAUCAAUUUCAACUAUAUUUUUUAAUGUAGGUGAAGAUGAAAUCAGUUAUGGUAUUGAUUUAGUAGUUAGUUCGAUUGCAUUGGGAAUCGUUGCAUUUCUGAAACAGAAAGUUAAUAAACAAACGUUCAAUACUGCAUGUUCUUUAGCAUCUAUUUCCUUAGUCACAUGUAUUGUUAAAGAAGGUAGUAUGAAUGCAUCUGUCAUACCAAUCCAAAGAUUGGAAGCUACAUUCCAAGUUGUUGUGAUUGGAUGUAUUAUAUCUGUAGCCAUAUGUUAUUUAGUAUGGCCCAAGAGUUCGAUAAGAGCAUUAAGAAAAUCAUUGAAUGAUUCUUAUAAUAUUAUGUCAGCUGCUUUAUCAGUUCUUGGAAAGAGAUUUUUAACAGAUGAGAAGAUUACAGCUAAAGAUGCUGAUAUCUUUAAGAGCUUAAAGGAAAAUGUAAAAGCAUUGGUUGAUAAUUUGGAAGAAGCUAAGUAUGAGCUAAGAUUAUAUGGAAGAGAAAAAGAAUGGUUAUUAUUCAAUGAAUUGGUUGAAUCAACAAUUGAAUUAACAAAACAUAUACAGGCCUUGAGAAGUUCGGUAGAAAUGCAACAACACCUUUUACAUGAUCAUAUUCAAACACCAGCCAACUCAGAAGCUACCUCUGUUACCAGUUUGGAUAGUUAUAGUAGUGAAGGUGAUUUGAGGUUAUCUCAUUCAGUAGAGAAUAUGACUUUAUUAAAUCAGCAUGAUCAUAGUCAAGUAGAUGCUGAGACCAGUGAGCAACUAUUCGGUUUAUUUGUCUAUUAUUUAUCUCCCUCUAUUAAAUCAUUCAUAUUUACUUUGAAGGAUAUCUUAAGUCAAGUUCCCUUUGAAAAAUAUAGAGAUGAUAGUCCAAAUAAAUUUGCUGAUACUACUACUUUACAAAUAAGUUUAAGUGAAGCUAUUAAAUUAUUUGAAGCCAAGCAAGCAGAGUCAUUAGAGAAAUUAUAUUCCCAAGAUAUUUUUAAAGCUACUGAUAACUUCUUAUUUAAAGCUGAACAGGAAGAAAUCACAGCAUGUUGUGGUAAUUUUGCAUCAAUUCUUGGCUUAUAUGCCAAUGAAUUGAUGGAAUUUUUGAAAUUAACAGAGACAUAUGAAGAUGCUAGAGCAUCAAGACUAUCAUGGCCUUGGUUAAAGAUUUGGAGAAAUAGUCACCCGGAUGGGGUUAAGAAGAAUAACAAUAUACCAGAUCGAGCUAAUACAUUGCGUGCUGCCAUUAAUGAUUUGCAGAAUCAUUAUGGUCCACAUAACAAAGAAUUGGCUAAAACAGGCACAGACAAGUAUACUUUCGAAUUAUGGAAAAGUUUGAAGGUACUUAGAAGAACCGAUUUCCAAUUUGGUCUACGUGUUGGGUUAGGAGCCUUUUGCUUGUCCUUAUUCGCUUAUUAUCCAGGAACUAAAGAAUACUUCAAUAAUUGGAGAGGUGAAUGGGCUUUGGCUAUCUAUUGUAUUAUGAUGAACAAAUCCUUAGGUGGAACUACCAUGACUGUUAAAUGGAGAAUAUUGGGGACAUUUUUAGGAUCAUUCACUGCUUAUAUUAUUUGGAUUAUAACUAAUGGGAAUGUAUAUGCAUUAGCAAUGACUGGAUUUCUAAUUUCUAUUCCAUCAUUUUACAUUAUUUUAUUCUGGAAAAAGAAUAACCCAUUUGGAAGAUUUAUAUUAUUGACGUACAAUUUGACCGCAUUGUAUUCAUAUAGUAUGAUUCAAAAGGAUACAGAAGAUGGGAAUGAGGGUGGUGAUGAUCCAAUUGUUGGAGAAAUUGCAUUUCAUAGAUUUAUGGCUGUCUCAGUUGGAAUCAUUUGGGCCCUUGUCAUGGCUUCAGUUUUCUUACCUAAUAGUGCCCGUUCUAGAUUGAAAAGAGGGCUUAUUACUUUAUGGUUACGAUUAGGAUUGAUUUGGAAUAGUGAUAUUUUAGAUUAUGAUCCUUUAAGUUUAACCCUAAUUGGUCUUAAGGAUGAACCAGGUAUUAAUAGUUUAUUGACUGAAUGUGAAACAUUAUUGAAACAGGCACCAAUUGAAUUUAGAUUGAAAGGGACAUUUCCUGUGAGUACCUACUCAGAUAUUCUACGAAGUACAUCGACUAUUAUUGAUGCAUUUCAAAAUAUGAAUUUAAUGAUUAAAGUUGAUCCAAUCUUGUCUCCCAAUGAAGAAUCACUUCUUAAAUAUACUCAAGAAGAACGAUACGAAGUUGAACAACGGAUCUUUUUAAUAUUUUAUAUGUUAGCCAGUUCAUUAAGGUUAGGAUUUCCAUUACCAGCUAAACCAGCUUCUAUAGAUCAUGCUAAGGAUAGAAUGCUAUAUAAAUUAAGUGAAGUAAGGAGAAAGAUUUCCGAACAACCAGACUUAUCACUUUCCAAUACUGACUUUAUUUUGAUGUAUUCAUACAUCUUGGUGGCCUCAAGUAUUACUGAACAGUUAGAUAAUAUAAUUAAUCAUUUGGUCCAUCUCCAUCUUGCAGAUGGUCACUUAUCUGAGGACAUGUUCCAACUUGUAUAGCUUGCAAAAAUAUAUAGAGUUUGGUUGCGAACCAUUUCCCCAUUGGGACACACAAAAAAUAAUAUACAGAGUAGCCUGCAUGUAGAUGGGUCGUGCGAAACGGCUAGAAUCUCUGAACCAGCUCGAAACUUUUGAUUAUGAAUAAUUUGUUAAUACGAAUAUAAACGCAUCUGAAAG